AUGAGAUUUGGGAAAAAGGACAAGCUAAGUGCUAAAUAUGUAGGCCCAUAUGAGAUUCUACAAAGAUUAGGGAAAAUAGCUUAUAAGUUGGCUUUGCCAAUGGAGUUCGAAAAGAUGCACGGUGUGUUUCACAUUUCCCAAAUAAAGCGUUACAUCCCUGAUGAGCGUCAUGUCUUAGAGCUUGAGAAAAUCCAGAUUGAUAGUAGCCUUACAUAUGAGGAAAGGCCUGUGAAAAUCCUCGAUAAGAAAGUGUGUAGUACACGCAAUAAAGAUGUCAACAUCGUGAAAGUUUGUUGGUCGAACCACGAGUCCGAAGAGGCAACAUGGAAAGCCGAAGCUGAAAUGAAGAAGAAAUAUCCAGAGUUAUUCCAUGAGCAAAUUAUACAUGUUGGUGCAAAGUAA